CACCACCACGCUACGGAGACACUCACCACCACCACGCUACGGAGACACUCACCACCACCACGCUACGGAGACACUCACCACCACCACGCUACGGAGACACUCACCACCACCACGCUACGGAGACACUCACCACGCCACGGAGGUACUCGCCACCACUGACGCCACGGACGGCCAAGACACGGGACAGCUUAGUCAGAGCGCUCCUCGUCAUACCAACAUUCACAAGACUCCACCAGCAGUAGUACCACUAACCUCUCAUUAACUCCAAGUGUGAGGGGUGUACACUGACAUGAAAGAUGGCAAUCAGGAACUGCAGCUGAUGAUGUAUAUAUACAGUAUAGGGACAGGAGGAGGAAAGGAGCAUAGCAACGGUUUGCAAUCUGCAUAAAGUACUGUGGCUUGAAUUACAAGAAACAUAAAAGAUGGACUUCCAACAUCGAGCAGGAGGAAAAACAGGAGGUGGUGGGCAGGCAUCAUGGUCGGAGAGCAACAGAGACCGGCGAGAGCGGCUGCGUCAGCUUGCCCUUGAAACCAUUGACUUAAACAAAGAUCCUUAUUUUAUGAAAAAUCAUUUAGGGUCUUAUGAAUGUAAAUUAUGCCUCACCCUUCACAAUAAUGAGGGAAGUUACUUGGCCCACACUCAGGGCAAGAAGCAUCAGACAAAUUUGGCUAGACGUGCUGCAAAAGAAGCCAAGGAAUCUCCAGCACAACCUGCACCAGAGAAACCCCGUGUUGAGAUGAAGAAGUUUGUUAAAAUUGGUCGACCUGGCUACCGUGUUACCAAACAGAGAGACCCAGAGACUGGUCAGCAGAGCUUAUUGUUCCAGAUUGAUUACCCAGAAAUUGCAGACAAUGUAGCACCACGUCAUCGUUUCAUGUCGGCUUAUGAACAGAAGGUAGAGCCCCCAGAUCGUAAAUGGCAAUACCUUCUGUUUGCUGCAGAACCAUAUGAAACAAUAGCCUUCAAGGUGCCUAGUCGAGAAGUAGAUAAAUCCUGGACAACAUGGAACAAAGAAACAAAGCAAUUCUUUUUGCAGUUUGCUUUCAAAAUUGACCCAAAAGCCAAAAUGGUUCCUCCAGCUCCUCCGCCACUAUCAGGACCUGGUGGACCACCGGGACCUCCAGGUCCCCCAGGACCUCCAGGUAUGCCUCCACCACCUGGAUUGCCUCCACGCCCACCUAUGAUGCCUCCUGGACCCCCUCCUCCAGGCAUGCCACCUCCGCCUGGACCCCCUGGUAUGCCACCACCGCCUCCAAUUAGGCCUCCCAUGCGGCCAAUGAUGCCACCUCCUCCUGGCCCACCAGGACAUCAUGGGCCACAUGGUCCUCAUGGUCCUCAUGGUCCCUUAAGACCUCCCCCAGGCCCCCCUGGCAUGGGUCCACCUCCAGGCAUGCGUGGACCACCACCACCACCAGGAGGCCCCCCACCUCCACCACCUCCAUUUAACCCAGUUCCUCCACCUCCACCAUCUGGUGGAGUACCGCCACCUCCACCACCAAAAAGUUAAACAAACAAAAUAUAAAGUAAAAAUAAGAUCGUUUUCUUCAAAAUUCUGUAUUUCAAAAUUUUCUGCUAUCAGUUGGUAAACUAAAUACUGUAAUAGAAUAUUUUACUUGUAAUACUGUUUAGUACUAUAUUUGGGCCUAAUUGAUAUGCCCCUACCCCCCCCCCCCUCACCACCCAAGCUUAGUAAAUAGUUUUUAUAUGUUAGACUAUUAAAGACGGCCAGCUA